AUGUGGGUGAGUAUUGUCAAUGAUAUUGAUAGAAAAGUGACUUAUAGCAUGAGAAAUAAAACAUUCUUGGAAGACUUCGAAAUGGUAGAAAUCGGCAAAUUUGUUCGGCUGCACUUAUUGUUGACUAUGAAGGAUUCUGCAUUGGAUGUUCCAACAAACUUGGAUGCUCGCCGUAGGAUCACUUUCUUUGCAAACUCGCUUUUUAUGAAAAUGCCAAGAGCACCGCGUGUGCAUGAUAUGAUUUCAUUUAGUGUUCUGACACCAUACUACAACGAGGAAGUACUCUAUUCAUCACAUGAACUGAAUAGAAAGAAUGAAGAUGGUAUCUCAAUUUUGUUCUACCUACAAAAGAUCUAUCCAGAUGAAUGGAAGAACUUCCUAGAACGUAUUGGAGUUGAGCCGGAUAAUGAAGUGUCAAUAAAAGGUUGCAUGGAUGAUAUCCGUUUAUGGGCAUCUUACCGUGGUCAAACGCUUGCCAGAACUGGUUAUGGCUUAGCUGAUUUGGAUAGAGCUAAACCUGCAAGGUCCAAGGCCAUUGCUGAUAUUAAAUUCACUUAUGUUGUCUCCUGUCAACUCUAUGGCAUGCAUAAGGCAUCCAAGGAUUCUCGAGAAAAAGGUCUCUACGAGAAUAUCUUAAACCUCAUCUUGACGUAUCCAGCAUUGCGCAUUGCUUACAUAGAUUUGAAAGAAGUACAAUUACAAAAUGGUAAAAUAGAGAAACAAUAUUACUCUGUUCUUGUGAAAGGAAAUCAACAGAAGUUGAAGAAGGCAAGCCUAAUAAUCAAAAAUCAUGCCAUAAUCUUCACUAGAGGAGAAGCACUUCAAGCAAUUGACUUGAACCAGGAUAACUAUCUAGAGGAAGCAUUUAAAAUGAGAAAUCUCUUGGAAGAGUUCCUUCUUACACAUGGAAAGUCGGAGCCCACCAUAUUGGGUGUUCGAGAGCAUAUAUUUACAAGAAGCCAGGAGACCAGCUUUGUCACUAUUGGACAACGUGUUCUUGCCAACCCUCUUAAGGUACGAUUCCAUUAUGGCCAUCCUGAUGUUUUUGAUAGACUCUUUCACCUGACAAGGGAUGGCAUAAGCAAGGCAUCAAAGGUUAUCAACCUUAGCGAGGAUAUAUUUGCAGGGUUCAAUUCAACCAUGCGUCGAGGAAAUGUUACGCACCAUGAAUACAUACAGUUGUGCAAAGGAAGUGAUGUUGGAAUGAACCAAAUAUCCAACUUUGAGGCCAAGGUGGCAAACAGAAAUGGUGAACAAACACUAUGUCGUGAUAUUUAUCGACUAGGACACAGAUUUGAUUUCUACAGGAUGUUGUCUCUGUAUUUUACCACAGUUGGCUUCUACUUCAAUAGUAUGGUGGCUGUUCUCACAGUUUAUGUAUUUUUAUAUGGGAGGACAUACCUUGUUUUGAGUGGCUUAGAAAAGUCAAUACUCCAAGAUCCAAAUAUCCAAAACAUCAAACCGUUUGAAAAUGCACUUGCUACUCAAUCUGUAUUCCAACUUGGUAUGUUGCUCGUUCUCCCAAUGAUGAUGGAGAUUGGACUGGAGAAAGGAUUUGGCAGAGCACUGGCAGAGUUUGUGAUCAUGCAACUUCAGUUAGCUCCUGUAUUCUUCACUUUUUAUCUUGGAACAAAGACUCACUACUAUGGCAGGACAAUACUUCAUGGUGGAGCAAAGUAUAGAGCUACUGGGAGAGGAUUUGUUGUGCGGCAUGCGAAGUUCGCUGAGAAUUAUCGGAUGUACUCCCGGAGUCACUUUGUGAAAGCAAUGGAGCUGCUUAUUCUCUUGAUUGACUGGUGGAAGUGGAUGGGCAAUAGAGGUGGUAUUGGAUUAGCACCUGAGCAAAGUUGGGAGGCUUGGUGGCUAGAGUAUGCUCCCUUGUUCCAGGUUGUUUCAAUGGGAAGAGAGAAGUUUGUUACAAGGUUUCAACUAGUGUUCCGCAUCCUCAAGGGCAUUGUGUUCCUUGUGCUCAUCGGUUUGCUUGUCCUUUUAUUUGUUGGUUUUGAUCUCGCUGUCGCGAACGUUGGCGCUAGUAUCUUGGCAUUCAUUCCCACUGGCUGGUUUAUUCUUCUGAUUGUGCAAUUAUGUGGACCUCUGUUUCGGAGGUUGAUCAUAGAUCCACUUCACUUGCUGUGUUGCCCAUAUGGUACUAGUGGUGCAUGCAGAGGUCCUUGCUGUGCCAAGUUCAGGCAGAGGACCGGUGCUGCGCUUAGGAAGAUGGGACCAUGGGACUCCAUCCAGGAGAUGGCGAGGAUGUACAAGUACACCAUGGGGCUCCUCAUCUUCCUGCCCAUUGUCAUGCUGUCGUGGUUCCCCUUUGUCUCUGAGUUCCAGACACGGCUGCUCUUCAACCAGGCCUUCAGCUGGGCAGAACGGUAG